AUGAGCUUAGCCACCGCUACCGGCGCCCCGAAGGCCAAGAAGUUUCGGUAUUCUCCUGAUGUGAGUUUGCAACAUUCAUAUCAAAUCUUUUUUGUUUAUCUUUCAAAUUACAGUUUAAAAAGUAUACUGUAAUUUAAAAUAUUAUAUUAUUUAUAGGUAUAUUGUAACUUUCGCUAAUCUACUGUUUUCAGCACGUUCUUUUUGAUAUGAACCAGAAUCAGGACGAAGAAGAGCAAUCGGCUGCGGUAACAGUAAAAACAGAAUGUUCAGUAGCUGAAUCUUCCUCAGUUGGCAACUCACCCCCAAACCCGAGCAGAAGCACAACUCCAAACGAGACAGAUGACCCCAAAACCUUGUUCGAAGACAACUCAAUACCACAGACAAACGAUGCCGGCCAGCAACAACCUUUCUCGCUGCAGUUCUUCCUGGAUCAUGCUUCUCAAAUAUUCAAGGUAAUUGCGCCCUUAAUGAGGUCACUGUUUUUCAGAACGUGAAGAAGGAGAACAGCGAAGCCCCUCCGUCGUAUGGCCUUCCUCCACCAUCCAUCUCCUCCAACUCCAUCCGAGCUCCCAUUCCAGGUGCGCUAGCCGUUGCCGCCUCGCCCGCGGCCAAACUGUUUAGCGAGGACGACUGGUCGUGGCACAGAAACCCGGCUGCCGCUAUCAGGUCUGGAGGCACCAACAAGCAGACCCCAGUGUGGAAGUACUUUGUGUACAACAAGGCCGAGAACUUGAGUCGCUGUAUCAUUGGAGACUGUACCUACAUGCUGAAAGGACCUCACACAUCCACGUUGGCGUGCCAUCUGAAGAAGCAUCCGGAAGAGUAUGCGGAAUUCCAAAAACUCAAGGUGAAUAUUUCGGCUUUUUCUAUUCAGAAAAACUCGAAUUUGACAUCCGAACGACUGACUUUUAGGUUGAGUAUACGAGAGACCGGAACACUGGUACCAUGCCCCCUUCUGGCCAACGGAACGGUCGCUCCAGUGCUAAUUCCAUGCACUCCAGCAGCUCCUCCAACCUGAUCCAUGCCACGAACACCAGCGGAUCCUCCACCCCGCCCAAUAUCAAUCACUUGUUCAAAAAGUCAACCGAACCAAGUAGUCUUUCUGGUAUCUUUGGAACCUCCAACUUGUUUGGUGGUAACAGUAGUACCCCUAAUCCUCCUAGUCCUGGUAAACCAAUGUCAGUUAAGUAAGUGUCUAAUGUUUUAAAUUUGAUUUGUUUUUAAUGUUCAUAGUAUUCUCACAUUGUAGUAAUUGUAUACGUCAUUUUUUCUAAUUUUUGUUUUUCAGCGAAAUUCUGAAUAAUCUUAGUGCAAACGCAGUCAAUAUGGUGCCUAAUCCCGCAGUGAACACGAGCUCCACGAUGAAUCUUCCCAUGAAUCCGGUGUCUUUUCUGAACGAUAACAACCCACUCCACUUUCUGAAUCUGAUUAGACAAGGUGAGUCGUGAAUAGGUACAUAAAUAGUGGCUGAGAUAAGUAUAUAAAACUUACACUAACAUGCAUAUUAUGCAUAACUAGGUUUAUAGACUUGUACUUUUCUAGGUAAUACCAACAAUGCCAAGCCAAGUGCGGCAGCCAUAGUCCAGCAAAUCCGAAAAUGGCCAAGACAAGACCGGAAACAAAAGGAAAUGGAGCAGAAAAUGGCACUAUUCCUCAGUUCUGCUCAGUUACCUACUACAAUCAUUCACGAUGCUUGCUUCAGAGAGCUUCUGGAGCAGCUACAGCCAAAAUUCUACAUUCCAGAAGACGACAAAGAAGUCGAACAAGUAGGUUUCUAAAGUUUAUUUUAUCGGUAAAAUUAUUUUUGUCAUUAACUUAAAAUUGCUAAUACGGUAAAACAGUAUUACAGUAAUUAACGUAAGACUUCUAACACUAAAAUAGCUAAAAACUAUGUUUUUUCACUUAUUACCUAUCCUACUUCAGACCAUAACUCAAUUCUACAAAAAGACCGUGGCCAACAUCAAGACCCAGCUGGCUGUGGUGAACCGGUUCUCGCUGCUAUUGAACAUAAUCAAUCAUAAAGAUGACGCUACCUUGUUCUUGUCGAUUUGUGUUGCGUUUUACUCACAAAUUCGACAAAAAGUUGAAGUCGUUCUUCUGGGAAUUCGAACUUUGACAGACACAACCUUGCCAGAAGAGACCAUUCCGCAAUUGGUCAGAGAGGUUGGUUACUUUGAGUGAAGGAUUAUCUCUUUUCAGACAUUAUCUGAGUACGAUCUGGGUCUGCAUCAGGUCAGCCGCACCAUCCUCAGCGGCCUGUCAUUACUCGACCUUCCCCAAGCCCCCACCAUGUUCCCAUCGCAACUGACGUCCCACAAAGACAAACUAGAACAAGUUGUGAAUGAUAUGAUUGUACAGUCGGAGAGGUACGAGCAAGUAGCUGACAGUGUCAAGAACUUGUUGUCCUUGCUUCGGUUCUUCCCGGACUCGUGUAACAGUAUUAAAACCAUGACGGGUAAGAGAUACAACAACACUGGCUGACAAAAUAAGCAAGUAUAAACUACAAAAAUACAGUAACCAUAAAAAGGAUAAAGUUACUGACACAUAAAAUGUGACAUUAAGAUCAAUUUAUUAUUUUAGGUGUUGAGUUGGAAGACAUUGACUUGUCGAAACCAUUGGAAGAGAUCGCCAAAGCGUUGGUGGACAACAAAGAUGCGAUAUGUUCUGUCAUUGCGCAACAGUCAGAGUUAAUGAGCUUAUUGGCCGUGAUCGAAUGGUAAGUGAACCAAAAUCAUAUCUUAAAAUCUUGUUAAUCAAUAUCUUUCAACAAUGUUUACUCGAAUUAUCAUUAACUACCUUUAUAUUAUAAUUGUGUUUCAGGCCAGCUCUAGACGCCUUUUUGAGAAUCAAACGCUUGUUCAACGCUCACAUCCAAGUAAUUCAAGACAAUAUCUACGCGACCAUUGACCGAGUGGUACCCUCUAUAAUGCAGCUCCUAAUGUCACUUGAAAAAGACUUUUCUCCGCUUGACCAGCUCCCCCAUGACAUUGUGUCAUGCAUCAAAGAGAAGCUGGCUUAUAUCCUCGACCCUUCAGAUGCCAACUUUGAUCCAAGUUUUAUCGAAGCCACAGCUCUCAAUCCUCAAUUAGUGGUACUGUUGGACGAAAACCAGAUCAACCACGCCAAGGAGGGAAUCGAGAAGAGAGUAAGUUGAAAGUCGUGAGAUAACAAUGCCUUUUCAACCGUUUUAAAUGAAACUUAAUUCACAGUUAUAUUUCACAUUUGAAGGUCCAUUAGGUUUAUUAAUCCUGUUAAACUUCAGCUACAUGAGAAGAUCAAGUCAAUUGAAGAGCCGACUGGUCGGAAGAACGGCAGAGUGACCGGGGUGGAUGCCCUGCUGGCGGCGGUGGUGGAAAGAAAGUCAAGUGAACUCUCGACUGAAUUCGGCGGAGACAAGUCGUCAUUCUGCGCGUCGUCGCUGUAUCCCGAUCUGGUUCAAGCAGCCAAUCAACGGAGGCAGAACAUUAAAGUAAGUUAAAAACUCAAGAGAUAGGUUUAUAGAUAUUAUAAUACUUUUUUAACUAUCAUUUGUGUUUUUUCACGCAAAAAAAUAACUUCAGGGGCCGCAGAGGAACGGGAAGAACCAUUACGCCGAAGCCAUGGUCCAGGCCUACUUCGACGACGUCCUCAACAACGGUUGUUUCCCCACCAUCUUCGGAACGGGUCCCGAAAUUCCGCGACAACCGUUGGCCUUCUGGCAGUGGGGCACGGCCAAGUGUCCACCGCUGAGCGAGAUGGCGAUCGAACUGCUGAGCAUUCCUUCGUCGACCAUUCCACUGGAGAACAUCACACAACAGUCGAGUGAGGGUACGGUAACAUCGUACGAGUCCCCACCCUUCGACUACGUGAAGAACAGCUUUAAUGUGGCUAGCCUCAACCGAGACGCCGUUAUCAGAUUCAACCGUGCCUUCUGGCAACGGUCGUCCCUUUGA